CCUGCAGAGCUUUGCAGUGGCGCGGACGUAUUCCUUGGUCAGGCAGCCCUGGCCAGGGCCACCGACGGGCAUGAACCCUGACAUGGUACCCGCAAGGAAUGACAAGCUGCUGCACUUCUCCAGCCCCCUGGACGAUCCCGUGUCCCCCAGGUACCAGAACUUCAGCAAAGGGGACGGUCGGGACUCCGAUGCAGCAUACAUAGACCCCAUCGCCGCAGACUACUACAAUUGGGGGUGCUCUACGAAGUCCCCAGAAGAUGACGAUGAUGCCACCUCCUACGAGAACGUCCUCAUCUGCAAGCCCAGAGCCCUUGAGUCAGGUURUCCCUGUGUCCCUGCGGGUGGCGAGGAGACUGAGGAUUAUCAGAACUCAGCAUCCAUCCAUCAGUGGCGGGAGUCUAGGAGGGCCGUGGAGCAAGGCCCGAUAGCAGGACAUCCCUGUCCAGCAGGAAGCCCAGAGGAGGAUGCCGGGGAGCCCGACUAUGUGAAUGGGGACGUGACCAUGGCCGGGGAGGCCUAGGGGAGAUGGGAAGGAAGGAGACCAGGGAGCCCCAGACCACGGACGUGUCUGCUGUCCUUCGAGGGCCACUUUCCAGUGCUGCUCCACUUUGGGGUCCCUGCCAGGGCUACCCCUGGAGAGGACACCCACAAACGCCCCYGAGGACCUGCUGUCCAUGGGGAACAGUUGUAUGUAAAUGGCCAGAGCUGCAGCCCCAGCCCCGUGCCYUCUCCUGACUGGGACCUCCUCGGGGCAGGCCUGCUGCCACCYGACUCCUGCGUGACAGCGCCAGGGACGCAGGGUGACAGCACCGUAUCUGACACCAUGCGACACUGGCCUCCAUGUCCUUUCUGCUCUGGAUUUGGAUCCCAAGUUGCUUUUUCAUGUGGCUUCUGUGACUUGCUGACUGUGACCGCAGGUCUGCAGUUAACUCAUCCAGAGGGGACAUACUGACAUUCUGACUGCCAGCGGCUUCUCUCCAGUGAGGGCGCCCCCUCCCCUCUGCCCUUCAGUGGGGCUUCUCUUCCCUCUGGGCUUCUGUUCACUCAGAGAUGAAGCCAGCAUGGCGUCCCAGCGUAGUGUUGCUCUCUGCUGGGACACAGUGCCUGUGGUGGGGCACAGGGCUAGCACA